AUGGUAAUGAUAUCGGUAACCGAAGAACUGAAGAUUCAACUGGCAGACUGGUUUAAGGAUACUCAUCUGUUUACAGAAUAUUACGAAAGACGGAACUUUAUCUACCUAUCAAUGGCAGAGAACGAAACAUUGCUCGGAACAGAACUGAAGCAAUUUACAUUUGGAUGGACCGAUUACACAUUGUUCAGCGGUCUCUUAGGGAUCAGUGUCCUCAUAGGGAUUUAUUUUGGUUUUUUCGACAAAAAACAGGACAACACUACUGAGUAUUUGCUCGGAGGAAAGACGAUGUCCUGUUUCCCAGUUAGCAUGAGUUUGGUUGCCAGUCACAUAUCGGCAGUCUCUUUGCUCGCCAUACCCGUCGAGGUAUAUCAAUAUGGUACACAGUACGCUGUCUGUAUUUUUACAUCGCUUAUAACGUGUACUCUCGUAUCGCUUAUCUACAUACCGGUAUUUUAUAAAUUACAAACGACCAGCUCGUUUGAAUACCUGGAACUGAGAUUCACGAGGUCCGUCCGAUUAUUCGCCUCGUUUCUUUAUACAUUUUCUUUGAUCAUUUACGUCCCUUUGAUCAUAUACGUACCAGCGCUAGCAUUUUCGCAGGCAACAUCGAUCAAUCUCUACUUGCUUACUCCGAUAAUCUGCAUCGUAUGCACAUUCUACACGACCAUCGGAGGAUUGAAAGCUGUCGUUUGGGCGGACACUAUUCAAAUGAUUGUAACCUUGGGAAGUUUGUUUGCCGUGUUCGUUUUGGGUACCAUGGCCGUGGGCGGUGUAUCCGAGGUUUGGAGACUAUCGGAAGAGGGUAGCAGAAUAGUUUUUUGGAACAUGGACCCUAGCCCGUUUGUUAGAAACUCAUUCUGGGGAAUGUCAGUCGGAAUGACGAUAACGUGGUUAACAGGAUUGGGCAUUAAUCAAUCGUCCGUGCAAAGAUUUUUGUCUGUGCCGAACAUUAAGGAAGCGCAUAAGGUAAUGGCGUCCAUGGGGAUAAGCAUUGUGAUAAUAAAAUGGGUGUCGGUAUUCACGGGACUUAUAAUGUACGCCAGGUAUCACAAGUGCGAUCCUAUAAGUACACACGUAAUUUCUAGGAGCGAUCAAUUACUUCCGUAUUACGUGUUAGACGUCGCCGCGAAUAUUCCAGGACUUCCAGGCCUUUUUCUUGCUGGUCUCGUCAGUGCCGGCCUCUCGACGAUGAGCGCUGCUUUGAAUACAGUGGCUGGCACAAUUUACGAGGACUUUAUCGAUUCUUGGUUACCAGAUAGCAGCGAUAAAGAGAAUCGGGCUGCGAGAAUUAUGAAGGUUAUCGUGGUCGUCAUUGGAGUAAUUUGCAUGGUGAUGGUUUUCGUCGUAGAUCGUUUAGGCGAUAUUUUCCGUGCUUCUCUGGCACUUCACGGAAUUACAGCUGGCGCGAUGCUGGGUAUUUUCACUCUGGGAAUGUUGGUGCCAUGGGCGACGUCGAAAGGUGUCAUCGUGGGUGGAUUAACUUCCAUGUUAUUCAUGAUUUGGCUUAUAGUCGGUGCUCAAGUGAACAUGGCUCAAAAACGAUUGGUUUAUCCUCCGCUUCCUAUGUCGACGGAGAGCUGUUUAAAUCACACGGUGUUUAAUCAAACGACAACGCACACGGAUGAUAACCCAGCGGACGAAGAGGAGAAACCGUUCGUACUGUUCACGAUAUCGUUCAUGUAUUAUUCUCUGUGCGGUUUCUUGAUAUCGAUGGUGAUUGGAACGGUAGUUAGUUUCAUGACUGGCGCCAACGAUCUAAGAGAGGUGGAGAGAAGUCAUUUUCCACCGUUCGUUCAAAGAUUUUUGCCACCGAAGAAAUACACCGAAGUUCCAAUGCACGCGAUCCCGACUGCGCUGGUGGCGAACCCGGAGAAGGAGAAGCUCAAUUUAUAAAAACGGACAUCACUCUCUGACACUGUGUUCGUUCAACUAUCCUGCUUGUAUGUAUGUCAGAAUGCGAGGAACAGUUUUUAAUAAAAUUAAGAAACGUUAAAGACAAAUGAAUCUUCCGAGCGAUAAGCGAUCGCAGGAUAAAUCCGGCCAUUUGCUACGAGGAAGCUGCACAUAACUGGUCCCUGGGUUGAAAGCAACCAUUAGGCCCCCGAUGAGGGUGUCAAAUUGACUAGAUUAUAUAUCUGUGCCACGCAUCUCAAUACGCAAACAACUCGUUUAAACAUCUGGAGGAACGAUGCCUAUCGGAUUAGGACGGAUGGAAACGCGAAGGGUGUUUUUCGUCCAGUCAUUCAUUCGUCGAGUUUGCUCUUGAAAAUCCGCGAAAGAUCGAUCGUGAACUAUGCACGAGUCGCGCGCCAUCAUUCAACGAAACUUAGAAAAGACACCGUCU